AUGCAGCUCUCUUUGUGGUCGCCUCUUCUAGCCUUGACAUCAGUGGCUUCUGCAUAUAACCCUGAGUCAACGUUGAGGACGGACUUCCUUGCAAUUGCCAGUCUUGCCAAACUUACUGGUUCCAUCGUCGACGGCAGCUUGAAGUCGCAUCUCGCGGAACAAGGCGUAUCGCAAUCAUGUAACAUCCUCAAUGUUGGCAUUAGAAGGGAAUACUCCACCUUAUCCCGCAAGGAGAAGCUUGCCUACACGAGCGCUGUGAAGUGUCUCAUGGCCAAGCCCGCGCAGACUCCGUCUGACCAAAUUCCUGGAGCGAAGUCCCGAUACGAUGACUUCGUCGGCACACAUAUCAACCAGACUCUGUCCAUACACGCCACGGGCAAUUUUUUGCAUUGGCACAGAUACUUCACAUGGGGCUUCGAGCAAGCUCUUCGCAACGAAUGUGGCUACGAAGGCUACGUACCUUACUGGAACUGGGGAAAGUCGGCCAAGGACCCCAUCAACUCCCCCUAUUUUGAUGGGUCUCAGUACUCGCAGGGAGGUAACGGCGUUUACGCAGAGCACAACUGCACCGAUGCUCUUGCCAACGGCAUCAACUGCAUCCCUCCGGGCCAAGGAGGUGGCUGUGUCACAACUGGCCCCUACGUAGAUAAUUUGGCGAACAUUUCUGCUUCCUUCCCGUCACUGCGUGCAGCCGGUGUUACUGCCGGUCCAUUCUUGGGAUAUCAGCCGCGCUGCAUUCGCCGCGAUGUCUCCCCGUGGGUUUCCAGCCGGUGGUCCACUGACAAUGAGUCUUACGACUUGUUGACAAACGCCACAUACCAGACUGGUAUCGGCGCCUUCCAGAACCGCAUGCAGGGUGACUUCGCUAACGGGUACUUCGGUGUGCACUCUGCUGGCCACUACACCAUCGGCGGCGACCCUGGUGGUGAUUUCUUCAACUCACCCAACGACCCCAUGUUUUGGCUCCAUCACUCGCAGAUUGACCGCACAUGGUGGGUCUGGCAGAACCAGAAGCCCGUGGACCGCGCCUUUGAUAUCUCUGGCACGAACACGGUCUUCAACACCCCGCCAAGCCCAAACACGACGAUCGAGGACACUAUCAACUUGGGUAUAAUUCAACCAGAUAUGGCUAUCAAGAACGGAGUGAGCACGGUCGCCGGCCCAUACUGCUACAUCUAUGUAUAG